GCGGCUCGGCAAUAUUGGAUUAGUCUUCGAGAGUUGAUCGUAGCUGACGCACCUGCGCGCGGAUCGUGGCUACAGUAACACAGUGGAAUUGCAUACAAAUCACAAAAAGUUUAACACAAAAGUGCCACAAAAAAGCACAGAGAAAGAUAUAGAAAAGGAAAAGAGAGAAAAGAAAAAAAAACUAAAUAAACUAAAACUUGUUCAAAAUACUUGGAAUACUGGCCAAGCCAAGCUUGAAAGAGCCUCAGGCGCUCUGCGCACAGCCAUCAAAAUUGUUUACAGCUGAAGGUCUGACGGCGAUGUGAGUAGGCGCCAGCCCUCAAUAUGCCCACGGAUAGCACAGCCAGCGAGGGCGGAGGCGCCAUACCCAUGCUGCGCGCCUCUCGCAUGGAUCAGUUCAUGUCCACGGUGGCCGCAGUGGCUGCCGCGGCAAGCGGUGGCUCCGGCGGAAGUGGAGCCAGUGGCAACUCGGAUGGGUCGGGCAGCGCCGGCGAUUCGAGGAACUCAUCGGCUAGCAGGAUCUCGGCAGCGGCAGCUGCCUACGAAACACAAUUGGCCUAUCAGCAGCAUCUGGCCGCGUCGGGGCUGCACGGCGGGCCGCACGGACCGGCGGGGCCGCCGCAUCAUCGCGAGAUAUCGGCCUUUGUGCCGGUGCUGCCGACGCGCCAGGCGCUGGAGGCGAAGGCGCGUGCCGGCAGCAACUCCAACUACGAGAUCAUCGCCAUGAUGGCCGACAAGCGCAAGGAGCUGGCGCUGCGCGAGGCCGCGGCCGCUGCUGCCAUGCUGGGCCGCGGCGGUCCGCCGGGUGUGCCGCCACCAGGCGUGCCGCCACCCGGCGUGCUCUAUGGGCCGCCACCACCACCGCCAUAUCUGACUGGACCGGGCCCCUCGCCCACGGGCGCCGGCAGUUUUCCAUUUCCGCCGGGCGCGGCAACGGCCGCAGCACUCUUUCCGCCCGGCCUGGGGCCGGGCAUGCACGCCGGCCUGGACAGGCGCCUGCUGCGGGCACCCGGUCGCGCCUCCAGGCCCAAGAAGCAGUUCAUCUGCAAGUUCUGCAAUCGCCAGUUCACCAAGUCCUACAACCUACUGAUACACGAGCGCACGCACACGGACGAGCGGCCCUACUCCUGUGAUAUAUGCGGCAAGGCUUUCCGGCGACAGGAUCACUUGCGAGACCACAGGUAUAUACACUCGAAGGAGAAGCCAUUCAAGUGCACGGAAUGCGGCAAGGGCUUCUGCCAGUCACGCACCCUCGCCGUGCACAAGAUCCUGCAUAUGGAGGAGUCGCCGCACAAGUGUCCCGUGUGCAGUCGCAGCUUUAAUCAGCGCUCGAACCUGAAGACCCAUCUACUCACCCACACCGAUCACAAGCCCUACGAGUGCUCCUCCUGCGGCAAGGUGUUUCGCCGCAACUGCGAUCUGAGGCGACAUGCGCUGACGCAUGCCGUGGGCGAGGUCAACAGCGCCGACUAUGUGGAUGUGGGGGAGGAGGACGAGGCGCGGCAGCUGAGCGGCGAUGAGGAGGACUCGCUGCUGGAGGUCGACUCGCCGCGCCAGUCGCCCGUCCACAAUCUGAGCGGGCAGGCCGAGAAGGAUGAGGCGGAGCGCAUGCGUCUGAAGCGCAAGGCCACCAACAACAACAGCAGCAGCGCCAGCUAUGAGCACGAGGACAGCGAAGAGGAGUUCGACGACUUCGACGAGGAGGAGGAGCUGCAUGAAGCUGGCACCCUCGACCUGGCCGAGGAUGAAGACCUGGAAGCGGAGACCGAGGAGGAAAAGGCCGAGGUGGCGCUGGUGGCUCGUUUCAAGGCGGGCCAAGCAGCCGCUGCAGCCGGCGGCCCAGUGGCCAAGCCGGAGCGCCAGGGCGUCACCCAUUGCCAUCACGAGGGCGGCGAGACCUACACCAUGCGGCCACACGGUGAGCGGCAGCAAGAGGAGCCGCCACAUCCACCAGCAGCGGCAGCAGCGGCAGGCGCUCUGCCUGCUUCGUUUAUACCCGGUCUGCGCUAUGCGCCACCAGCCGUUCCGCCUGGCGCUGCAGCACCACCACCACCAACGGGCGCACCACAUCAUAGCCAUGCGCAUUUGCUGCCACCUGUCAAUGGAGAUCCCUAUUUGCCGAUGCUGCACGUGCGUCGCGAUCUGCACCACAAGACGCUGAACCUAAGCAAGACGACGCCCUCGACACCGCCCAGCAUUGUGACCAGCUCCAGCUCGAGCUCCAGCUCCACGGAGCCAGCCAGACCGCCAUCGCAGCCGCUGCACUCGCCGCAUGAGGCGCUGCCCAGUUUCCUGGGCUCCAUACCGGUGCGCAAGCGCAUAUUGCCGCCGCCGCCGCCGCUGGUGGAGCUGGUGGAUCAUCAGCGCACAUAUCUGGAGAAUCCCGGUAUCUAUGCCUUGAACAUGUCGCGUCAUCCGCCCCGACAGCUGAUGUGCAAGCCACCGACAACGGAAACGUGUGCACCGCCCGAUAAGGCCGCACCACGCCCACCAGCACCGCCUGCAGCAGUGGCAGUGGCAGCUGCCGCACCGCCGCCGCCAUCAUCAGCAGUUGCAGCAGCGGCAACUCCGCCAAGCGCUGCGCCGGCACCGGCACCAGCUCCGCCCAGACGGACGGGCUUCAGCAUUGAGGAUAUAAUGCGUCGCUGAGAAUGGAGGUUUUGAGUUUUUAGUACACUAAGGAUUGUUUCAAGGCUAUGGCAUAGAUCAUGUGGCGCCCGGCCAGCUGAUCUGUGGCAGGCAAAAAAACACGCUACUUAGCCAUAAGCGCACUUUUAGUACAUUUUAGUACAAUGUCUCUAGGCAAGGCAAUAAGAAUUACUUUAAAUGCUUAGUAUAGGUUUAACUAUAUAGUUUAUGAAUCGCAAGCUUAAGAAGUGCCACAACCUGUUGUUGCAUUUGUAGCUUGGCAUUGUGCCUUUAGUACACUUGAGUACACUUUAGUACAUACAAUUCAGAUUGGCCUAGUUGUGUGUGCUAUUAGUACAUUAAGUGCAUUCAAUUUAGAUCAGCCUGAUUGCAUGUUGAUAAAUAUGGUUUAGUACAUUCCAUUUAGAUCAGCUUAGUUGUGUGUGUGCAUUCAAUAUUAUCAGCAUUGUGCUUUUAGCACAUUUAGUACAUUCGCUGAACAUCGUUUAGUACAUGGCGUAAACCUAUUUGAAGGCAUCCUAGUUGUAUAAUUCGAGAGUCUAUCAGUUAGUUGUCGUCUAGUUUAGUCCAACACUAAGUGUUGUUGUUUUCUUUAGCUAACUAGUAUCUAAUUAAAAUCCAUACUAAAAUACUUGUAUACACAACUUUAAUUUAUGUUUAAUUUGUAAGAUAAUCUUGAUGGCAAAAUCGUGUCAAGAUUUACGCUGAGGGAAAUAAAGGUUGAAAGUAAAAGUAGCUUAGAAACACGAGACACAACAAAAAAAAAAAUACUAAAAUAAAAUAAAAC